AUGCCCGUCUCUCCGCCCUCCGAUCCCCAAGCAGCGGCGCUGCUCAACCAUGUUCUCUCCCAGAUGCAGCAGAACAUCUCCUUCCUCGCCUCCAACAACUACAUCUCCUCCGCCGAGGCAUCAGACCUUACCGCCCGUCUCACCGCGGGCCCUGCGCCCAUUGCCCUUCCCACCCCCGGCUCUGUCGCCACCAGCAUGAGCAAUCUGUCCGUGGGCCCUGCCCGCCGCAAUAUUCCCCCGCCCCCGCCGCGCUCGAGCGUGCAGCAGGCUCGGGCUGUCUGGGCCUACAACGAAGACGGCCGAGAGCCCAACGAUCUCUCCUUCUCCUCUGGGGAGAUCGUAGAGAUCGUCGACGAGACAAACGCCGACUGGUGGACGGGUAAGUGCAGGGGCAAGCAGGGCCUCUUUCCGUCGAACCACGUCGAGAAGAUCGCCUCCAGCUCCGGCCCUUCCUACUCUCCUCCCCCUGUGAUGCCCGCUGCGCCCUCCUACUACUCCCCGCCUGCGCCGCCCCAAUACAACACCCCGCCGUACAACGAGAAGGCGGCCUACCAGCCUCCCUACCAGUCCUCCUAUAACCCUAUCCCCGUCCAGCCGGCCCCGGCCCAGGCCCCGGUUCAGCAAGAGGAGCCACCGAAGAAGAGCAAGUUCGGCAAGCUGGGCAACACCAUGGCCACCUCUGCUGCCGGUGGUGUUGGUUUUGGUGCUGGUGCGGCCAUUGGCAGUGGCAUCGUCAAUGCUAUUUUCUAG